UUAUUUCAGUUCCUCCGACAACGAUGUCUUCGAUAUCAACAAUGCCUCCUUCGCCGAUGCCUGCGGUAGAAGAUAAUACGAACUCGAUGACGACAAUGGCGAUGAUGACAACUGAUGAAGAAAUCAACGACAGCGUAACAGGGGGCGAUAUUGCUGAUUUGACGACACUGGCGGUUCCAAGUCAACCACAAACGACGCCCAGCAUGAACGGAGACAACGUUACCAUCACGUUAUCAUCAUCAACUACAGGAAAUAUGACGUCAACGCCGGACAUGGGGAAUACGACGUCGACGUUAGACAUGGGAAAUAUGACUUCCACGCCAGACAUGGGAAAUUCAACUUUGUGGCCAGAUACGGUAAACGUAACGUCAAAUCCUGUUGCCGAAAACACAACGUCACUCUUUGACAUGGGAAAUUCAACGUCGACGCCGGACAUGGGAAAUAUGACGUCGCCGUCCAACAUCGAGAAUUCAACGUCGCCGUCGGAUAUGAGGAAUGCGACAUCGUCGAGGGAUUCUAAUGCGACGGAGACAUUGACGACAGGCUCGAUGACAACGUCGGAGUAUGUGACUGUGACCUUUACAUCUGAAUAUACCGAUAUAGUGACGGAUGGUUUGGAGGACAACAAUGUGACGAAUGCUACAAUGACAGAAAGUAACAACACAUUUACUGCAAAUACAGGGAAUUUUACGAUAAUGUGUAAGUUUACAGUGCAGUGUUUGUGUCUUUUGGUUACAACAUCGGAACCUGAAACAAUUACAGACACAGAUGCUAACGAUACUCGAAAGAGAAACGGACCAAGCCUACCAGUUGCACUGUACAUGUGUAUCUCAGUUAUACUGGCACUGUGUGUUGUAUUACUGAUGGGUGUCAUUGCGCAUGCGUGCGCCUCAUUGCGAAACCGACCGACUUCAUACAACAUCUCCAGCCGGGUGAACGGUCACCAGAAUCCAGCGUUCGACAGCGGCGAAGUCGCCGACGAUGACGAGGAUAACCCGGUCAAAGGCAUCAUGCGAGGACCCAGAGGCGACAUCGAGUCGGGAAUGUACAACGACAACGAACGAACUCCGCUAUGAUGACGGGGGAAAAGUUCAAAUCAAUACCGCCAUCCUGGGGUUGAUUGGGGAAAAUGUCUUUGGAAAGAAAGGGUCGAUUCCAAACGUUUACGGAGUGACAUUUCCAAGAAAUGUUUUUUAAACGGUUUUUCAAAUUCAAACUUACCACCCUUGAAAAUCAUUGUCAGUGUCAUAUUUUUGCUGUGAACAAAUCUACAUGCACCACUUUUGAGACUGAGUUGAUGAUUUCGCUCCCAAAAGGAGCGAAUUAUCUACACUGUGUAGGCAUGAGUGAUAACAUUUUCAAUUUCCAAACGAUUGGUGUUUUACUCUUUCCUGAGUGAAAUAUUACGGUGACCACUCUUUUUUUUUCUCUCGAUAAAAGGAUUGUCCCUUAUUUAACUCCUUGUGAUAGUGGAAUAUCACUCUCUGUUGAGUGCUUUUUCACUCUUUCACAUAUAGAGAGUACAGAAUGACCGCAAAAUACCUUCUAUGGCAUUCCGUAACAAAACUAUAAAGUUUUUGAAUGGUUAUUUGGUUGAUGGAAACUUAAAGGUCGUGAAAGAACACAAUUUCAGUUAAUUUUAUCAUAUAUCACUACUUUGCAGGUUUUUAUCAAAAUGUCUGUGCUAUUUUUAAUUCAAAUUGAAAUUUCUCUGUAGGCCUACAUGUCAUUCUGUAAAGGCUUGUUCAGAUAUGUCUCGGUAAAUCGCCGCAAAAAAAAAAAGCCGCCGUGGUUUUGGGGUUUUUAUAAGUUAUUUAUAUCAUUGUAAAUGAUUGCCAACUGCAUGCAGCAACAUAGGACUUGCUCGUAAUCACCGAGCUAUAAGAUACAGAAAUGUGAAGCGUUUCACAUUUAACGUCCUCAUAAAUAAAAAGAACCGCCGCAGUUUUGCCCGUCAUAUCUGAACGGGCCUUAACGUUUGGAAUUGACCAAUGAAAAUCAGUCUCGAUGUCACAUGAAUGAAGAUAUGAAAAGCAUUCGGAAUACACAAAUGAGAGUCGUAGAUACGGUGGAGUCAAUUUUCUACCUUGAAUACUUUUAGGAGGGGCGUUCAAUAGCGUGAGACAAGUGACAGUGUGUGACUUUCCCUAAACCCUCUCUCGUCCGUCUGCCUUUCUUCUUUCUUUAUCUCUGUCUCUCUAUAAGCGCGUCUUCAUCAUCUCGAGAUUGCCAAAUAGCCCGGUAUUUGGGAAAUAAUCCCGAAGUAACAAAUCGCGUCUUCACUAUCUCGAGAUCCGACCUCGAAACUCGAAACUCGAACUUGAGAAAUUAGCUCGAGAUAGUAUUGCGAAUCUUCGGUCUAGUGAAGAUGCACGGGACAAAUAGCUGGAUAU